UUUUGAAAAACUCUAACCGGAACAGUCCAAGCUUACCAGCGUUUGCGACGCUGAAUUCAAUUGUGAAGCGAUGUUGACGGAGUUGCAAUCACGGAUGCAAAACAAAAAAGCCGGAUAGACUAAACGCAAUUAUACAGUGUAAUUCAGUUGAUUAUACAAUCAACACAGAUAUUUAAAUGUUGAUAGUUCGCUAAGUUAAAGAAAAACUAGAAGGCGGCGUGAAACGGGGGGGUAAAAUGUCGAACGAAAUACUGUUCCGUACCCAGCUUGCCUCCAUAAUGGAGGUGCUGGCAAACGCGGCCGUGGAAGAAAUCUGCAAACUGGUGGACGAUGGGUAUACGGUCUUGCAUUUACAAAUGUCGGAGUACCAGAAAGAGAACGAAACUCUGAAGAUGCGGUUGCACCUUAUGGAACUGAAUUGUGCACAGAGAGAGCGCCCUCCUGAACGUUAUGCGGACGGAGCUGUGGCGUUACGGGAAAAACGGAGAGCAACGGCAAAGGACGGUCCUACUGUAUCCGGAAAGCGACUGCAUGGAAGUCCCGGAGACGUUUGUCUGCAGGUUCUUCACACCGACGUGGGCGAGGAUAACACAGGCGCGACUUUUGGCUUGAAGCAGGUCGAGACUGCAGAAGCUGAAAAUGACGGGAGCGGGUCGAUUCUUAUCAAGGAGGAAGUCCCUGUAGAGCACAGUGACCCACCUGCAGCCCUGCAGAUCCCUGUGCAGGGAGCCCUGGGACUCAGGGUGUCGUCUGCAGAGAGCUCCGAGGAGCCGCCCGAGCUGCGUGGGACAGGACACGGGACCGGGGUUUGGGAGACUGCAGAAGCUGAAAAUGACGGGAGCGGGUCGAUUCUUAUCAAGGAGGAAGUCCCUGUAGAGCACAGUGACCCACCUGCAGCCCUGCAGAUCCCUGUGCAGGGGGCCCUGGGACUCAGGGUGUCGUCUGCAGAGAGCUCCGAGGAGCCGCCCGAGCUGCGUGGGACAGGACACGGGACCGGGGUUUGGGAGGUCAGUGGUUUGGAAGCCGUCCUUCGAUUACAGGCGGGAAACAUGGCCGCUCAGAGGCUGGGAAACGCGGGAUCAGAGUGCAGAGCGGGAAUGGGAACGCUUGGAGCGCGAGGCUCCCAGUCGGCUGUCGUGUACGAGACUGCAGGACACUCUCAGACUCUCACAGAGGACAAGGAUCAAUCCCGCCCAUUCCAUGGAGGGGACUCGGAACGCUAUCCAGCCGUUCCCAGGGAACUUGCAGGUGCCCGUGUCCGCCCCCCACCUUCCGACUCCCCGGAUCUGGUGCCGGAUGUGGUGAUAAUAGACAGUGUGAAAGAGGAGGCAGUGACUCUGCUUUCCCAAUGGGACAAAGAGCCAACCGUGCCCGUGAGGGCAGAUUCGCAGCACGGACGUCGCCGUGACGACAGGGAAACGGAACUGGAGCCACGGCCAGAUCCCGUUAACCCCUCGAGUCUCUCCCGGGAUUGGUCGACCAGCGGGGAGAUCGCCUCCAACCCGGACGCCGGCAGUUUGAAAGGGAGAAAUUUAGCGGUGUCCGGUAACUUUGCGGCCGGCUGCAACAAUUCCGCCACUGAGAAACGGUUCAUUUGCCGGUACUGUGGGAAAGGUUUCUCCCGCCAGGACACCCAGAAAACACACCAGAGAGUCCACACGGGGGAGAAACCAUACAGGUGCGCGCAGUGCGGGAAGCGCUUCUCCGACUCCAGCAAUCACAGGAGACACCAGAGUGUGCACUCCAGAGAGAGACCGUUCAGCUGUACCCAGUGCCAGAGGAGUUUCUCUCACCACUAUCAGCUGAAGGUGCACCAGCGGGUUCACACAGGAGACCAGCCCUUCAACUGUGUGCACUGCGGGAGGAAGUUUGGCGAGAGGACUUUCCUCAAACUGCACCAGCAGAGAGAACACGCUCCCCUUUAUGUAGCCUGACAUGGAUUUAACAACAUCCACACUUAAACAACAUUUGAGGCUUAAACAGGCCUUAUACCCACCUUCCUGUGCACCAAAAAAGUUGCAAGUGGAAUUUGGGGUUUGUAUCAAAUUUGGAGCAUCAUGUUUUUGGCAUUAAAGCAGGGAACAACUUGAAAAUGUGUACUCUGACACAAUUUUCUGUCUACUUUCAGGUUCUGGACUUUCAGGUUUCUGUCUACUUUCAGGUUCUGUUUUUCCAAUAUUUGAUGGCUUGCCACAUCAGAACCACUUAGUGUGUAACUUCUACAAGUAGAUAUGUUGGUUAAGAACAGCCACAAUGAAAAUAAGAGAAAAUUGAAAAAUUAUACAAUGACAAAAUUGGUUCCGGCCAUAAAAUGAGCAAAAAGCAAAAUUAAACUUUGUGUAGUUCAAAGGGUGUAAUAGGCCUAAUUAUGUACAAAGAAUUCAGUUGUUACAGCUAUGUCUUGGCAUACAGUACUGUGCAGAAGUCUUAGGCACCCUAGACUUUAUUAUAUAUAUGUUUCUUUUUUUGUGUGUGUUAGUAUAAAAUAACACAUUUGAGGUUUCCAAAUAUCGAUUUUCCAAAAGAUUUAAUUUUACAGACAUUUUGUAUUUAAUAAAAAAAGUAACAUAUUACAAUAAGCAAUUGACUACUUUUUUGUCUGAGAUCAGAAGCAAGGAGCCAACCAAAGUCAGCAGAAGAACUGUGGCAAGUUCUCCAACAUGCAUGGAACAACUUCCCUGCUGAUUGUCUUAUAGAAUUGCAGGAGAGCGUUGGCCAUCUCAGACAAGUGAUGCAGUUUUAACGCCAAAGGGUGGUCACAAAAAAUAUUGAUUUGAUUCAGUUUUUAACUUUUCUGCCAAAUUAAAUGUCAAUUAAAAUGUCAUGUAAAAUAUAUAGUAUGUUUAUUUAGGACCUUUCAUUUAAUUAUUUUUGAAAGAAUCUUAUCUGUUCAGAAUGUUACACUAAGACUUUUGCACAGUACUGUAUAUUAAUAAUUUCAGAACCUUAAAUCACAAUAAAACAAAACAUACUUUGAUGCUUCCUGCAUCAGCACCACUUGGUGUAUGGUAUCCAAACUUGCAAUACUAGUACAUUUCUUGGUUAAGUAUGGCCACAAGCAAAAUGAAGUCAAAUGGAUUAUUUAUUCAAAAAUAAAAUAGGAUAUUUCAAAAAGAUAUUUAACCAAGUAGAUGGUAAGGUAGGAAGUUUCCAAUCACAAUGAAACUUCAUGUUCUUCAAAAUUUACAAUAGGCCUAUUUAUGUACAAAACAUUGACUUGAUAAUCAAAUGCCUUUGCAUGUUUUGAUCAGUUGAAAUUUACAUAUUUACUGGAACCAUAUACAUAUUUCCCAUCGG